AUGCCUACCCUCGAUACGAUACCCCCGGAAAUUCGUCUCAACAUCUUCGGCUACUACAUGCAAGAUCUGACUUGCAAGGUCGCUCUCUAUAUCAAGCCAUCAUGCUUCAAACAUCACCCUGACGACGAGGGUAAUGCCGCCCUAAUCGAGGAAGACAUCAGACUGUCCAUCACAUUCACUCCCAUUCGCAGUCACAUCAAGACUCACCCACCUCUGUCGUACAAUCAGAAGUCCUUCUACAGUAGCCUCCUGGCCAGCAAUCGAAGCAUCCGACAGGAAUUCAUCGCGUACGUGACCAAAGACCUCCAUCUGGAUCUUGUCGGUGGUGGUGCACCCUGCAACAACUGCGCGUCUCUCGAUACUGCUUCGGACUUGGUUCAUGAACCUUGGCGAAGCUUAGUAAAGACUGCCACGCUUGCCUUUCCCACUGCGUGGCCCAGUGAUGGCGAUUUUGUGAGACUGCGGAAUUCUCUGUCUGACGGUUUCCCGGCGCUUCGCAAGGUAUUUCUUCCUGGAGCUGACCUGGGGUACGAUUAUAGUGGCGAUCGCAGAACCUUUCGUGGUUAUCGUACGAUCGGGCAUCAAGUCUUUCGCUCUUUUCCGGCGGAAGUGACGGAGGCCCUGAAGACGAAUUUGGAGGCUGAAGCGCUGUGGAGAGUUACAAAAUGGCUAAAGCGUUACGACGCAACAGCAACCAGCUGUGGCCGGGUAGAGUGGGAAUCACUGAUGACCGUCGGCUAUUCCGACUAUGUUUUCAGAAUACCUGGUAUGCCAUGGCCUGGAUAUCGUGCUGGCGGAAAGUAUGGGAAAGUACUGGUCAAGAAGAACGUUGACGGCCGCGUCUCAGCCACCUUGACGGUGACAGACCACCUUUCGGACGACCGACGCCAAGGUGUCUCGUUUGAGCAUAGAUACGAUGGCUUCGUCUUCGGCACGUUCCCAAACAGAGAUGGACCAGGUAGCAUUCGCAACGUUCCCUUGGUCUCAUACACAAUCGAGAUCUGA